AUGCUUCGGAACUUUAGACGGGUCGCUCCAGCCUGUCGCCUCCGAGUGCCCCAAACCAUCCGACGGUCUUUUACUAGCUACAAUGGGAUCGUGCAAGUCCAGCGAGUGAGGAUCAAAAGGCCAUUAAGGAGAGGUGCAUCCACGAUUCUGGCCGUCAUCAUCGCAACCCAAGUCUAUGGUGCAAUUUUAGGGCCUACGUUGGAUCGUUUGGUGGCGAACGAUGAAAGUACUGCUGAAGAGCUCAGCCUAGAACAGCAAGUGGAUACUGAAGGGGAUGACAACCUCCAGAAGCCGGGUAUACCAUUCAUCCCUAUCGGGUUGCCGUAUACCGUACCUGGAGAACUAUACGGCGAAGAUGAUCCCGAGUGGAAAACGUUCGAGAAAUUCGCAAAUGACAAUGAACAAUUCAUUAAAUUGAGAAACGAUUUGUUAGAUAGAGCAACCGAAAUAGUGAACGAGAAGGUAGCCAAGACAGUUACCGAUGUGACUGGUACACCUCUGAAACCUACUAGAAGAACAUCCAUUAAAUUCAAUUUUCCCACUCAGAAACCUCUCGGCUAUGUCCAACCCGGCCUUGAGUUUAGAGGAGAUGAUAUAUCUUGGACGACUCGCCCAAUACCUAGGAAUCGGGGAGAGUGGAUUCGCAGCAUAUUCGAACCUUGGUCCCUCAUGACAUCAUCUUGGGCUGCUGGGGAGUAUUUGUUUACAGCGAAAAUAGCGAAGCUUCGAAAGAUGUUGGGAAUUCCCCAGACAGAAUCGUCAAACAGACGGACAACAAAUGAUCAAAGUCACAUAGCUUCACCAAAAGAUACAGAUUCUGCUAGUGCAUCCAAUUUUACUCGAUCCAUGACAUAUCCCCUGACGUCUAACACGGGGACAGCAGAUCUUACCAAAUCUGGUGGCUCCACAGAAUUUCAAUCUUCCAAGGCCAGCUCCGCUUUGCAGAACCAAGCUGGGGUACCAAGAGAGCCAAUCUCUGACGUUCGCAUCGCAAUAAAGAUAUUCAAGCUAUUUCUCCUGCUGUCCCGGCGGAAGACACAGAACAAAACUCCGCAACAGGGGUCCUUCAGGAUGAAUGGUAUUGCUCUCUUCUCAGGGCCAAAGGGGGGUUGCGAGGUCCAUAUCAUCGGUAUUUAUGAGCCGGCAAAAAAGAGCUGGUAUGAGGUAAAUGUUCUCGUUCUUAACACCUUCCCUUACAGAUCAAAAUAUCUUAAUUGUGUCCAUAAACGGCACUCUCAAGAAAAAGGACUGGACGAUUCUGCUGAUAAGAGCUCAUAA